UACAAUGUCUCUAUUUUUCCAAUGUGAAAAUUAAGACUCUCAAAUCAAAUUUUAAUCCUCCUUUGUCUCCUGUCCUCAAACCAAAUUUUCCUUCCAAGUUUUAAACAGAAUUGUUUUGUUAUUUUGUAACGCCUAUUUCCUUUCCUCGUGGGAAAAAGUUAAGGCAAGACCUGUGUCUUAGUUAGACUCGUAAGCAGCAAACUCUUCUCCCUCUCGCACUCUCGUCUUCUCCUUCUUUCCUCAGGUGGCGUUUGGGUGGUCGAUCAGAUCAUGUUCGAAACGCCGGCGGUUCAUUGCUUGAAGAAUCAAAGCUCCCACAUUUAAUUCCCGAACAAAAAAUUUAGAAACUUUGUAAUCUUGUUGCCUACUUGGUAUGAAGUAUUUCACCCUAAUUGUAUCCGUACUUGUUAUUCCACUGCUCACCGUCCAUGCAGCAAAUCGCUGCAACCAAGCGUGCCCGGGUUACAGGCCCAGCCCGAUUCAGUACCCUUUCGGGUUCUCAUCGGGCUGCGAAAUCCGGCUUAACUGCAUUCCAAACGGAGGAAUCGCAAUCGGGGAGUUUCCAAUCCAGUCCAUAAACCAGGACAGCAUAAGAAUCAACCUCCAGAGCCAUUGCAACCGACCCCUCCACACCCUCCGCAACUUCUACAGCCGGAAAUACGCCCCGACGUCACGAAACGCGAUUCUUCUUCAGAACUGUACGGAAGGGACGGCGUCGAGCAGCUGCGAGAUUCCCAACCUUCAGGUGCAGGCGCGGUUCGACGCGCCGCCCAAUUGCAGCUCCAACCGCAGCCUCAGCUGCUACGCCGAGACCAGAAAUGAUGUCCCAUUUUUGGACUUUGGGAGCGUCGAGAGGAAGGAUUGCAAGUUCUUGCUGUCGUCGAUUUCGGCGCCGCCGCAACUUUUGAAUAGCUCGACGCCGGCGGCGCCGGUGAUGCUGGAGGUGGAAGUGUUGGAUUUGGGGUGGUGGCUUGAGGGUACUUGUGGGUGUGACAAGAACGCCAAUUGUACGACCGUCGUAUCGCCAAAUGGGACUGAAGGGUAUAGAUGCAACUGUAAGGAGGGGUUUCGUGGAGAUGGUUACGUUGCUGGGUCAGGCUGCUGGAAAGUCUCAUCGACUUGCAACCCUGCGAAAUACUUGUCUGGCCAAUGUGGAGGAAAGACCAGGUUCAUCCUUUUGAUUGGAGCCGUUUUUGUUGGAGCUUCAUUGAUGAUCAGUGUGGCUCUGCUAUGCUGCUUCAUUCGCCGACGAUCCAAGCUGAAAGAGAGACACAGCACGAAACGCCUUCUAUCCGCAGCUACGGGCAACUGCAACAUUCCCUUCUACUCCUACAAAGAAAUCGAAAAGGCCACAAAUAGCUUCGCCGACAAGCAAAGGCUGGGGACCGGAGCCUACGGAACUGUUUACGCUGGUAAACUCCACGACGAAUGGGUUGCCAUAAAGAGAAUCAAACACAGAGGACACGAAAGCAUGGACCAAGUCAUGAACGAGAUCAAGCUCAUUUCAUCUGUAAGGCACCCGAAUUUAGUCCAGUUAUUAGGUUGCUCCAUUGAACACGGUGAGCAGAUUCUUGUGUACGAGUUCAUGGAAAAUGGGACAUUGUGUCAGCAUUUGCAAAGAGAGAGAGGGGAAGGGCUUUCUUGGCCCUCACGCCUGAACAUUGCCGCUGAAACCGCUCAAGCAAUAUCCCAUCUUCACUCCGCCGCUGACCCGCCCAUAUAUCACAGAGACAUCAAGUCGAGCAACAUUCUUUUGGACUGCAAGUUCAGAUCCAAAGUAGCGGAUUUUGGCCUUUCAAGGCUAGGGAUGGCGGAAACCUCCCACAUUUCAACCGCUCCGCAGGGGACUCCGGGUUAUCUUGACCCUCAAUACCAUCAGAACUUCCAUCUCUCCGAUAAAAGCGAUGUCUAUAGCUUUGGUGUGGUGCUUGCAGAGAUCAUAUCAGGGUUGAAAGCUGUAGAUUUUAACCGCCCACCGGAUGAAGUAAACUUGGCAGCUCUAGCAACUGACAGAAUCGGAAGGGCGUGUUUAAAUGAAAUCAUAGACCCCUUUCUCGAGCCCUGUAUGGAUGACGCUUGGACCCUUUCGUCGGUUCAAAAGGUCGCCGAAUUGGCAUUCAGAUGCCUUGCAUUUCACCGAGACAUGAGACCGACAAUGAUAGAAGUGACAGCUGAGUUGGAGCUCAUCAAGCUAAGCAGAUGGCCGUCUUCAGAAGAAAACACUUACACAGCUUCAUCGGACGGAUCCUCCCAUUGCUCUCCAUCUAGCGUGAGCGAAAAGCCUCUAAGUAUAACCAAAUCCCGAUCACUUCGAGGCGUCAUUGAGCUGCAGAAUGGAGAUGCCGGUAGCUUCAAUUCGAGCGAAAAGUUAAAGGACAAUUCACUGGUCUCUUUUCAUGAUACGUGGUUGAAGGAACGGAGCUCGCCUUCAUCGAACAGUUUGCUGAGUAAUGUAAUUCAGUGACCCUAAAAGGUGAUCAAACAGUUUGCUUAUAGUUUCACGUUAACAUGUUCAUACCAUCAGUUUUAAUGCAGGAUAGGGGAAUUUUCCCUUCCUCGUCAUUGUUCAAUAUGUACUGAUAAGCAUAAGCUUUUAGGGGAAAUAAAGAAUUGUUUUGUUGUCAUAUAUGUGAACUCAUUUUCUUUUUUUUU